UGAAACACGACAGUCUUGCCAGGAAGUGGAGCUGCAAGGACCUUUUUGCUGGUGCUGCAUCAAAACAAUAUUUCUUGUGGAUUCAAAGUGUUACAUGUACGAUGGAGACCAGAGGUGUUUGGCUGAUCUUUUUCCUUCUGCUGCUGGCACAGUGCACGAUCCAGCAGAGCAGCCCGAAGAAAAGAAGUGGCAAGAAAGACUCUGCAAACAGCGUAGCAAUUGAGGAGCUGAAGAAACAGAUAAGUGACAUAAUUCAGGAGCUGAAUUUGUUGAAAGAGCACCAGGCUCUACAAACAGUUUGUCUGAGAGGGACCAAGGUCCUGGGGAAGUGUUUCCUGGCUGACCCGGUGCAGAAGACCUUCCACGCCGCCAGCGAGGACUGCAACGCCAAAGGAGGCAGCCUGGCCACCCCUCUGUCCGGGGACGAGAACGACCAGCUCUACAGCUACGUCCGCCAGAGCAUCGGCCCCGAGGAGCACAUCUGGCUGGGCAUCAACGACAUGGUGACCGACGGCCAGUGGUUGGACCAGUCUGGGUCCAAUGUGCGAUUCAAGAACUGGGAGACGGAGAUCACCCUGCAGCCGGACGGAGGGCGCAGCCAGAACUGUGGCAUCCUCUCCACCACAGCCAACGGGAGGUGGUUCGACGAGAGCUGCAAGGCCAAAAAGGCCUCGGUCUGUGAGUUCAACAUCAUCUGAGGCCUUAAAGGGAUAGUUCACCCAAAUACGCAUCAUCCAAGUGUCCGUAACCCAAGACAUUAAUAUUUGGCUCAAAACUUGGAUGGCACCACAGGAGCAGCAUGGAGGCAUGUUAGGUUAUUUCAGUUGUUUUUUUUACAUUUGAAGAAGUGGUCACCAGUUACUUCAGUUGUAUUGAAUUUGGCUGCAACGCUGUUUACACCUGAAACUCCAAAAGUGUUUUGUGUAAUCAAACGCUUCACCCAGCCCUCCAUCGGCAUAGUGGGGAGUAGAUAAUGGGUGAAUUAUAAUUUUUUGGGUGAACUAUCCCUUUAACAUGAACCCUCACAUGAACAAUAAUGAAUGCAGCAUGUAGAGCAUCAUUACACAAUACACAGAAAAAGAAUGCUGACUAUUUCCUGCAUUUUUUUUUUUUUUUUUGACCAAAGCCAUUCAGACGUCAUUUGACUUCACACAGUUUCACAAACACUUUCACCGUAUAAGCUAAACUCACGGACACGUGAUAUUUCACAUGCAUUCAGCAAAAUCAUGGUUUUAAAUAAUUCGGAAUAUUUUAGAAUUGAUCAGAUUUUAAUCAAGGUAAACUCCACUGGAUGGCUUCACUUUGUCAUAUGAUUUUAUAGCCUCUGCUGAUAAAUGUCAAUAACCAUGAAAGCCUUUUCUUUUGUACUUGCUUUAUUUUUCAUUUCUGAAUGUUUAAGUAUGCUGUGUAUAUGAAAUAUAUCAUGUUAAACACGUGUCUCCUCUGUUGCAACACUGUCUUUUUCAGCAGCUUUUGCUCAUUGGAGAAAACAAUCCUUGAGAAAUUCUUUUAUAACAGCUCAAUAAAG